AGAAGGCGCGGCGGCAGAAGUGCGGCGUGCUCGUGCACUGCCUGGCAGGUAUCUCCCGCAGCGUCACCGUCACCGUCGCCUACCUGAUGCAGACGCGUCACAUGUCGCUCAACGACGCAUACGACUUCGUCAGCAAGCGUAAGAGCAACAUAUCGCCCAACUUCAACUUCAUGGGACAGCUGCUGGACUGGGAGCGCGCGUUGAGCUCCAGUCCCAGUGACUGCACCUGUUCGCCAGGUAGCGACGGAGAACAAGUGUGCAGCUGCGGGCCGCAGGGACAGUCGCAUUUUGCUCAGUUCAACUCGGCGGCAAAGCUUGCUGUCACCCCCACCUCACCACGCUGGUCAGAGUCUGUCAGCGUCAGUAGAUUCUCAUAGUGCGGCUGGAGGAGAAUAAGGAGGAGGAGGAGGAGAAGGAGGAGAAGGAGGAGGCGGUCAGCAUGAGAAGGUUCUCAUAGUGCGGCCAGAGGAGGAGGAGGAGGCGGUCAGCGUGAGAAGGUUCUCCUCGCACGCUCCUAGGUGGCGCUGAACGAUGGCCGACUGACGGACAGUUCUCGGAGCUUCGAUUCGCCGGAUGGUCGGAAGUGGAGGACUCAGUCCGGAGGGGUCCAGUCCAUUCUUGGUCGCUCACUGUCCGGAGGAGUCCAGUCCAUUCCUGGUCGCUCACUGUUGCUACUGCUGACGCUACUCUCAGAUGUCGGCCAGUGGAGAACAGUCUCAGAGGCGGAGAACACUAACAGUCGAUGAUCAUUUCGAGUCGGACGAGAUACGGAGAACACGGAAGGGAGCUGCUCACAGAUGGCAGCACUGCUGGAGUUUCUGGCGCCCCCUGGUGGUGGUUGCGUUUGUGAUACGCGAGCAGCAGGCCGCGGAUUCUGUGGCGCCCCCUGGGAGAGGACGAGCUGACGCAAUACCGGUGGGCGUCCGUGGCGCCCUCUGUGUGUGAACUUGAUAACUUUGGCUAUGUGUGUCGUCGAGAACCGAGUGAGAAAAUUUUGUAAAUAUCGUGCACUGCAGGCAGGGGCAGUGAGGUAGACACCCUCUCCCCUCUCCUUGACUAAUGGACCCUUCCCACUAAUAUACUUUGUCACUGGAGCAGUCCAUCAAUCGAAAUAGAAGAGGGGGGAAGGUCGGAGGUGAAAUCACAAAUGUAAAUAUCGAACGAUUUUUGACAAUAAUUAUUGUAAUACGGACAAUUGUUAUUUUGAUAGAGAGAGAGCGCGCGAGAUAUAAACGUUGAUUUUUGUAAAGCAGAGUUAUAUAAUAGCUAUGUGUCAUACAUAGUGGUGCCUUAUCAAGUCUCUUGCACGGUCACUAACACGCACUCUAGCGGUCGCUGCGACCAAUGAUUCUAUAUGAAUGCUCACUUGUUGACGAAAUUUUUUUCAAAAGUGAAAAAUAUGCUGGUAAGCGAUUUUGAAACUUUGUUACAGAUAUACGGGUUUGUGGGUUUGCCGUGCACUGUCAGCAAGCCUCGUUUGCAUUAUGAAAUUCUCUGAGAUUCUAAACGGGAAACAUUCGGCCGUUAGAAACAAGUGAACGUUCAUUUUUGAAGCACGUCUGUACUGUGGAAUUGUUCAGACUGAGUGUUGUUUUGUUGUUCGUUGUUUAGAGCCACAUAUUGUGUACAGUUUGAACCGUGGAAAAAACAGAGAUACAGACAGACAGACAGACAGACAGACUGACUGACUGACUGACUGACUGACAGACAGACAGACAGACAGACAUACAGACAGACAGAGAGAAACAAAGUGAGAGGGAGGAGAUAUACAAAGAGAGAGAGAGAGAAUGACAGAGAGAGGGGGACACACUGAGAGCUAACCACCACUUUGCGAGAGAUCUCACAAAUACGUCUUGAACUUUUUAUACACUUAGAGAGCUAGAUGGGGGGGUGUGUACAAUCAAACUACUUGUCAGACGUCCGAGCCUGCAGGGCAGGCUCUUUGAUCGUCUGCCAACGUUGGAAGGAGCCAUCUCGAGAGGAGGAAUGGGGGUGAGGCAGAGAAGAUGCGCGCCCUCAGAACUUCGAAUAGCUGCUGUUGCUGUCGCAAAUUUCGCCUCGGAGAACGGCAAGCUGUGCGCAUGCACAGACGAUAGCUCACGUCCGUUCCCCGGAAACGGGAAGCGGUUCCUCCUCGACAGAUCUGCUCACUUCCGGCUCACGCGAACAUUUGCCAACUUGUAUAACAUUCCUACUCGUGAACGUCUCCCUGGUGCGCGCGCAUGCGCAGAGAGACUGCGCUCGUCGCGCCACCCGGCACUGGCUGGAACAGUGCGCGCUGCUGCUCAGAGCUUGUUUUAUUAUUAUCGCUAGCUAGUUACUCGUGUUGAUUGCUGCCCGUUGUUGUUAACGCCCGGCGCGAGGUGGCGCUGCGGUGGUAAAGGAAGUGUCUGUACAGGAUAUGACGUCACGGGCACGUGAUGACGUGACGCGGUUGAUUAUGAGUGUGUUACAGUAUAUAACUGAUCGGUUCUUCCACCACUCCUUUCCUCUCACCUAACCACCUCCCAAC